AUGGCUUCUCCGACUCCCUUGGAGCUUCUUCGAACGACCUUCUCGGCUGCAGCUUCUGAUGGGCUGGCAAAGAAGUUCGCAAACACUCCCAAGGACCCGUGGAAGCUGAAAUACUUCCUCGAUCUGAAAGAGACGUCACCUCAAGCGGCUCCCUGCAUCAAAUGCCCUGAGACCGAGGAAUCUCACAUGCUCGACCUGCUCGCCAAGAUGGCACUCUAUGCCCCGGAGACGUGGUAUGAGAUCGUGACAGGACAGAAGUGCCCGGCAGAAGCCAAGAACGACUACCCCAACAUCGGGGUAGCCUUUGACGCCAGCUCUAGAUUGCGGCGUGCGGGCAUUGAAUGGUACCACAACGAACUGACGACGCAAUGGAUGCAGUCUCACGGCGGCGUUGUGCCAUUCUGCCACCUGCCGGUGAGCCUUCAAGGCGGCGCGACGGCCCUUGUGGAGGCAAAGUCGUGGCAGACGGUGCAAGCCGAGGACAAGAUACCUUCGCAACCGUCGGCAGAGUCCCCGACUGUGCGGGUGGUGGCAAUCAGCGACACGCAUCUCCUGCACCACCUUUUACCGAAGCUUCCCCAAGGAGAUCUUCUGAUACACUGCGGAGAUCUCAGCUACGAGGAGUCGCGAUCACAGGAUGCCAGGGAGUUCGAUGAGAAGUGGCAGGAGUUGGGCGAGAAUUUCCCCGAGUUCCUGAAGUGGUUUGAGUGCUCCGGGCUCGCAGCGGCCAAAGCCCUGCGAUGGCUCGGAAGCGAGGGCCUCUUCGAGCACCGGGUGCUGGUGGCUGGAAACCAUGACUACAUCCUGGAGCGGAUCGGGGAAAGGAAUGCCCAACUAUUAUGCAAAGCCUUCAAUGUCGACGGCUACCUUCACACAAGGAACCCUCCAACAGACCUCCACUUCAAGUCCGGCUGCAAAGUCACAGUCUGGGGGUCAGGCGUCUCAGCCAAAGCAGGGGUCGGAGGGGAGCGCGCCAUCAAGUCCGGAAACGUGGCCUUCGUCUAUGACAUGGAGGCUGGCGACAGUCAGUUUCGUGAGGAGACCGAGCAUUUGGACGAAGGGUCGGCAGAUAUCAUUGUGAUGCAUGGACCGCCGGCCAACGCGCUCUAUGGGAAGUCUGGCCGGGUGCUAGAAAGCAUUUCGGAGCUGGUGAACUUCGUGAAGCCGACACUCUUUCUGUGUGGCCACGAGCACAAUCCGGACAACUGGAAACUAGAGCAGAAGGUGGUGGACAUGGGCGGAGGAACUCUUGGCGUUAAUUGUGCUUGCACGGGGCGAUGGAACCAGUUCUGCGGCAUGCCCUUUGUAGUUGAUAUCCCUGCCCGGCGGACAGCCGACCCUGGUCCUCAGGGCUUUUGCUCUGUCAUACGGCAAGCGUGUGGUUACGACGGCGAUUGA